CGGCAUGUUCCUAAUUAAAUUAAAACGAAUUUGCACGUCAAAAUCAGCUCCAUUCAGUUUGUACAACGCGAACCCUGCAAAAAUCCACACAAUGGGCGAUAACGUGGACUUGGAAAAGUGUUUUGAGGUCAUCAGCAACCUCUUGACCGAGGCUGGACGCUUGAUUGCCCGCAACAAUGAGACGCGCCAAGAGUUUGUGUGCAAGAGUGGGGACAUUGACUUGGUCACACAGACGGACAAGGAUGUGGAGAAGCUCCUGAUGGAUGGCGUGCGUCGGUAUUUUCCCGACCACAAGUUCAUUGGCGAGGAAGAGAGCAGCACUGAGGCGGGUGUGAACAAGCUCACGGAUGCGCCCACCUGGAUCAUUGAUCCCGUGGAUGGCACCAUGAAUUUCGUUCAUGCUUUUCCCCAUUCCUGCAUCUCUGUUGGCCUGAAGGUUAACAAGGUCACGGAGAUCGGCAUGGUGUACAAUCCCAUACUGGAGCAGCGCUUCACAGCCCGUCGCGGCCAUGGCGCCUUCUACAACGGUCGCCGCAUCCAAGUGAGUGGCCAGCAGGAACUGAGCAAGGCUCUGGUUACCAGCGAAUUUGGAACAACUCGCGACGAGGCCAAAAUGGAGGUGGUCAACGAGAAUUUCGCCAAAAUGGCCAAACAUGUGCACGGUUUACGCGUCCUGGGCUCCGCUGCCCUCAACAUGUCCAUGGUGGCCUUGGGCGCCGCAGAUGCCAAUUACGAGUUUGGCAUUCAUGCCUGGGAUGUGUGUGCCGGCGACUUGAUAGUGCGCGAGGCGGGCGGUGUUGUCAUUGAUCCCUCUGGCGGAGAGUUUGACAUAAUGUCACGUCGUGUACUGGCCGCAGCCUCGCCCAAGCUGGCCCAGGACAUCUCUAAGCUGUUGACUCAGUUCCAUCCUCAGCCUCGCGAUGAUUAAGCAUAAAUGGGGAUUCCAUUCCGUACUUAACGUACUAACUGAAAUGCAUUUGAAUUAUACCCGACCGUGUACCUACCUAGAAUCCCAAAUGGGCAAAUUAACCAACUACUCAUGGAAAAUUCCAAAUAAAACUCGUGUAUAGAGUAUUCCUUCUA